AUCUCUGCAGUUUUCAAUUAUUAUACGAGCCCUUUUACUGUAAUGCCAUUUCCAAUGGGCCAUUGGUUUUUAGCCAAACUUGCAAUAUGAUAAUAAAGCUAACAGAUGUUUUAUUUAAAUUGUUGCAUAUUUAUUGUUUAAUUAGUCAUUAUACAUUGUGAUAUUUUUAAAGUUAUAAGGUAUACUCACCAUAUCUUUCAAACCAUGUCUUCAACAACCAAAUUAUCGAUUACACGUUGGUAUACCACAGAGAUUCAAAACAUCAUGCAUGGAUUUGGUGAUUCUUCAAGACCAAUGGCUGAAUCUGCAUAUCUAAUUGAGGAGGUUGUUCAUCAACAAAUGUCACAAUUGCUCUAUGAAGUUAAUAACAUUGCUAAUAUUAGGGGUUCCAAGAUCGUUGGAUUGGAAGAAGUUUUAUUUUUAAUGCGUAAGGACAAAGUUAAAUUGGCAAGGCUGCUGCGUUAUUUAUCUAUCAAAGAUUUAAAAGGAAAAACUUCAAAAUACAAUCAAGAUGAUAAUCCAGAUGAUAUCCAGUCGUCGGAUUUACCGCAAUUGGAGUCCAAGUAUCAGCCAUCCAACCAACCUCAAUCAAAACGAAUCAAACUUUGUUACGAUUUUAUUUCCUCGAUUGAUCAAACAGGAGAACUAUUAAGUGCAUUCAAUGAAGACUUUUUCGAUGAGAUAAGACACCAACGAAAUCUGAGAAUGGAUCGAAUGACGUUUAAUAUGACCAAAGCUCAAUACUUAAGAUACAGUGAAGCUAGACAAGCAAAUUUUGCCAAUAAAGAAAAGCCUAAACGAUUCAAAGAAUGGCUAUUGAAAAAUGAUUCUCAAGAUUUGAAACUAAAUGCUUAUGCAUGGGAGAUUUUCCAAUAUUUAGCUUACGAAACUGUUGCUGAGAUUGUAGAUAUCGCAUUACUAGUUAAACAAGACCGCCAGAUUCAAGAUAAUGAUCCAGUUUCUGGUUUGAUAUCGUCCAAAAUGAGAAACCCGGAUUAUCCAAUGUUCACUGUGCCUUCAUUCAGUCAAAAAAACGCUACAGCACAACCAAAGGACGCUGGUGACAACGAUGAUGAUAUCUCUGGACAAUCUGCUAAGCGUAUGAAAAUUGAUACAACCGAAUCUUUUGCUACAAGCAACAGUAUAACGCCAUGUGAUAUACGAGAAGCCCUUCGACGGUUCAACCAACCUAAAGGCGUUUUCUCAGUAAUGGAAAAAUGUUAUACCAAAUCACCUAGAGUCUUAUGUUUAUGAUGUUUCCAUAUCUGAUAUCAGCAAUGGUGAAGGAAUUUGGUUGUAAAUCGGAGUCUCUGUCGUCCGUCUCAAAGAAAUGUCUGAAAAAAGUACAAAAGUGAUUGUUAAACGUAAGAUUUUUCAACUGUAAAUUUGAAUCUUAACCCAAAAUAGUUAUAUUAAAUUAUUUUUACAUUUUUUCGUUAA